AUGGUCAUGGAGAACCUUCAUCCAGAUAUUACUGCACAGAUUCUUUCCAGGGUGCCCCAGAAAUCUGUUUCGAGCUGCAAACGAAGAAAGAGAUUCAAGUUUACAAGAUCACGUCAAGGUUGUGCAGCGUGUAAGCAUCAGAGAAAAAAAUGUCCACCAACAUUUCCCUUAGCUCCAUAUUUUCCUAGAGAUAAAUUGAGUGAUUUCCUGAAUGUUCGUGAGGUUUUCGGCGUCCGUAAUUUCUUGAGGCUAUUGGAGAAGGCUAACCCUAGGCAGCAUGAAGCAGCUCGAACCUUAAUCAGAGAAGCUGAUGUUAGAAACAAAUACCCUGCUGUAGGGAUGUGUGGGGUUAUCGAAAGACUUUAUAGGCAAUUGAAAGGUGUUACUGCUGAACGGGAUUUAUUAAGGGAACGGGAAAUAUUAAUAGCACGAGAAAGUACCUUAGAAGAUCUAAACAUUAAAUUCGUUGCGGAAAAAUUAGUCUUCCCCGGAGAGCUGAUCAGAACCUUUGCUACUGUUGUACUUGCUUUCGUUCCUAUUGGACUUCUAAGAUCGUUGUAUAUCCGUAAAACUUUCCGGUGA